AUGGCAGAGAUAUCUCAAAAAGACGGUGCCACCUUCGAAGCUACCUAUGUGUUAGAAAUGAGCGCAUUAACUACUACUGAUCUUGCUCAAGAAAAUACAACGGAUGUAGCAUUAAUCUGGUUCGAUUCGACUAUGAAUGCAAGUGAUGAGAAUGAAAAGAUUAAAGAUCUUUUGAUGAUUAAUAAUUUUGUUCGCGUUUAUAUCGAUCUUGAUUUAUGUAUCACGUAUAUCAAAUCAGAAAAAGAAAAAAAGAUUUUUCUGAUUAUUUCGGGCAACGAUGCAUUCAAUCUACUCCCGAGUAUUAUCGAGUCUUCCCAAUUAGAUCUAAUAUUUAUUUUUCCUGGAAAUCAAAAUGAAUUUAAUCAUUUAUGUGAAGAUUAUGUUAAAGUUGCGGGUAUUUUUGACAAUUACAAUGAACUUAUUAAAUCGAUUAAAGAUAAUAUGGAAUAUGUUAACAGACAAAUGGAAAUCAUUUCUUUUUAUGAUCAGCACCAGUACGGUACUCGUGAUUUAUCAGACCAAUCAACUGAUUUUCUUUGGUUUCAAUUAUUUAAUGAUGUUAUAAAGCAUUUGUCUCACGACGAUAAAGCGAAAGAAGAAAUGUUAACUGUUUGUCGUCAAUACUAUCGUGGUAACUAUCGAAUGCUCAAAGAUAUUGAUGAGUUUGCACAAAACUAUCGUAUACACAAAUGUAUUCAAUGGUAUACGAAAGAAACAUUCGUCUAUCAAUUGCUUAAUAAAGCGUUAAGAACACAAGAUAUCGAACAGCUUUAUAUAUUUCGUUAUUAUAUUGCUGAUUUAUCUAAAGAACUUGCACAGGAAUACAAAAAGAUCAAAACAGGAGAAAAUAAAAAAAUCUAUCUAUAUCGUGGUACGGCAAUGCAUCAAAAAGAACUUGAAAAGUUGCGAGCAAACGUGGGAAAACUCAUUGCUGCUAAUGGUUAUUGGUCCACUAGUCGUAAUCGAUUACGUGCGCUUGAAUUCGCUAAUAAGUUAAUGCCUAAGCCAGAUAUGCGAGCAUUAUUAUUUGAAAUAGAAUGUGAUUUACAUGAUUCCAACGAUUCGGUUAUUUUUGCUGACAUAUCUCACUUAAGUUAUUUUCCAACAGAAGAGGAACUUUUAUUUGAUGCAGGUUCAAUUUUUCAGAUUGGAGAAACUAAGGCAGAAGAAAGUGGUACUAAUUUAUGUGUAGUUCAGUUAAUAACAACAGGAGAAGGACGAAAGCUAGCAGAAAAAUACAUAGAACAAAAUCGGAUAGAGAUGGAAGAAGAGAGCCCAAGAAUAAUGCUUAGUACGCUUCUGAAAAGAAUGGGAAAAUUCGAAAAAUCUUUACAAUUUCUUCAACAUCUGCUAAAGAAUCCUGGUGAGGAAAACAUGGGUUACAUUCAUAAUCGGAUUGGUAUUGCUCUUAAAGAUCAGCGUAAAUAUGAUCUGGCACUAAAACACCUGAAGGAAGCAUUUAGCCUAACCGUUUAUUGCAAUCCGCCGGACAGAAAAUACUCAGCUUUUGUACUUCACAAUCAGGGUUUAGUUUAUGCCAAACAACGAAAAUAUAAAGAGGCAUUGGAUUACUAUAAUAGAGCAGUACGCAUUUUAAAAGAAGAAACCGACGGUGCCGGUUCUGGUAUUGCACAGUUUUACAAUAGUAUUGAGCGAAUUUAUUUAUAUCAAGGUGAUUAUGAUCAGGCCUUUGACUAUCAAUCAAAAGCACUACGAAUAAGAGAAAAUUUAAACCCUGAUCAUGUUAUGAAUGCUUUUAUUUACGUCGAUAUUGCUAACAUAUAUUCACGUACGAAGAAUUACGACGAAGCUCUCAAGUAUCAUCGUCGAGCGUUAGAACUUAGACAAAGUGUUUUGCUUCCCAACAAUCAUAAUAUUGCAUGGAGCCUGCAUCAAGUUGGUAGAAUGUAUUACAAAAAGCAUGUUUUACAAACAGCUCUCGAGUAUUAUAAAGAGUCACUUGAAAUGACAAAAAAAUGUUUUACUCCUGCUCAACGCCAUUGUGUUCCUGGUAUUCUUAUGGAUAUCGCUUUAGUUUAUAAUGACAGGCUCAUCGAAGCAAUUAACUAUCGAUUAGAAGCAUUAAAUGCAAAUACCGACAUGGCUAGUGCACAAGUAAGGCAAAAGAAAAUUGCUCUUUUGAUUGGCAACAACUCAUAUAAAACUGCGAAACCACUCGAGUGUUGUAUUAAUGAUGCUAAUGAUUUGUCAGAAAAACUGCGCUCCAUUAGUUUUACUGUUACCGUGCUGACAAAUGCUAAUUUCGCUAAGAUGCGACGAACUAUUGAUGACUUCACAGAUUCCAUUUCUAAGAACGAUCUUGUUGUCUUCUUCUUUGCUGGUCAUGGAACUCAAUGGAACGAUCAGAAUUAUUUACUGCCUGUUGAUAAUGAUCGAAUAAAAACUAAGGAACUUCUCAAGGCUAGAGCUAUCAAUGCACAAGAUACCCUUGAACACAUGUCGAAUAAUAAUCCUGCUGCAACCAUAUUUCUUUUAGAUUGUUGUCGUGAUUACGGUAUCAGAAAUGAAGCUUUAUUAGAUACACAAACAAGAGGUGGUUCACCAUCGCCUAUCGGUCUUACCAGUAUGGAGGCGCAGGGAGAUUCCAUCAUCGUUUUUGCUUGUGCUCCUGGAAAAUUGGCUCUGGAUGCUGCCAAGAAUGGGCGGAAUGGUCUAUUUACAUUUUAUUUGCUUCAACAUAUAGCGGAACGCAACGCAGACGUCGAAAUGCUCAUGCGUAAUCCAUAUUAUUUCAAUAAUUCUCCAUCAUCAGAUGAUGUAGGUCGCCCAGACCAAAAUACAACAGUAUCUCUAUAUGAGCAUCAAAGUGGACUUCAAGUAAAAUCAGGCCGAGGAUCAAGAUUGACUUCUGAUUAUAUGGCUAACCGUUUACCACCAACAGCGACAAUAUACAGCUAUGAUGAUAGAUAUUCAACUCCAUCAAAUUAUCAACAUAAGAAUCAAUCAACUUCAUCCAGUAAAUUUUCACCAUCAGUUCAAACUGGAACUAAUACAAACAAAUAUGAUGGUGGAAUAUUUGCCCAAUCAUACGAUCCGCCUUCUUCAACCCAUACUUCUUUCAAUCAGCGUGACAAUCAUGUGCCAAGGCCAAUACAAUAUUAUUUUGGUUUACCCCGUGAAGACCAGUUAUCAGACAACAAUAACGAUAGCGAUGACGAAUCCAUACAUAUCGGGCAUAGUCACCUAGAGUUACUCGCAUAUUCAAAUACACAGCGUGAUCUUAAUUACCCGGUCAAAAGAAAUCUUCAUUGA